CUUAUCAGUCGGAUCGCUUCGCCGUCGGCCAGUCGCAGGUGGACCUCGCCAGGAUCAUCGCAGGUGCGUCAGCUGCGUCAGCCGCGUCAGCGCCUGUUGACUGUCGUUUGACGCACUGCCGGCCGCUCCCAAGCUCCCCGCUCCCGGCUCCAGGAUGUCGCCGGUGGCCCUGAGAGCGCUGGCCUGCCUGGUCGCCCUGGUCGCCGUCGAGGCCAUCUACCUCCCGGACGCCCCCAGCAGCGAGGAGCAGGCGCAGGUCGCCCCCAGCAGCAAUGCGCAGGCGCACGUCUCCACCGGCGUGCCCGACGACUACCGCACCCUGGAGGAGGAGGUGAUCCGUGGCAUCCUCGACAGCUACGACCCCCUCGUCAUCCCGGAGCUGCCCUUCAACCAGACCCUGAAGGAGAUCACGGCCAGCGGCUUGAUCACGGAUCUGACCAUCACGGGCCAGUCGGGGCUCAAGGUGAACAAGCUGUCCCUGCAGGGCGCGAAGGUGGCGGCCGCCGUCACCCUGCCCUCCAUCGCGGCCAAGGGCCAGUACACCAUGACGGGGGUCCUGCCGGUGCCCGGGCUGGCGACACUGCCGCUGGACGGCAGCGGACAGAUCACGUUUGGCCUCUCCAACUUGGAGCUUGACGUCGCCAUCGAGCUGGGCAUAUCAGACAAGGGACAGAUCACCCUGGACGAGUGCGAGUUGACGUGGAACAUGACUACCAUCAAGUUCCGAAUGGAUGGUGUGCUGGGUGGCAGCGCGCUCGGGAACAUGAUCAACAACAUCCUGGCGGACGCGCUGCCCCAUCUCGUUCUAAAG